AUGCAAAAUAGUGUUGUUGGAAGAUAUUUUGAUACUUUUCUCAAAGAUGAGCCAGGAUUUUAUCCAAAAAUUCUUUUUAAUACUUUUUGGGUUAAAGGAUUAAAGCCUAGAACAAAAUAUACAUUUACUGUUCGAUCUGUUCUUUCUAAUGGGGAAGAAUCUGAAGAUAGUAAACCAUUAAUUGUAACUACACCAACAAAUUAUAGAAAGAUUGUGGACAUAUCAAAAGUGGGAGCUGUAGGUGAUGGAAAAACAAUGAAUACAAAAGCAAUACAAAAUGCCAUAGAUAGCUGUGCUACUGGUUCUCUGUCUUCAUAUGACUGUAAAAUUAGAAUCCCCAGAGGAACUUUCCUAACUGGAAGUAUAACUUUAAAAUCAAAUAUGACUUUGGAAUUGGCAUCUGGAGCUGUCUUGCUAGGUUCCCCAAACAGUAAUGACUAUCCAAUGAUUCCGAGAUUAAAUAUGCCUUCAGCUUUAAUUAACGUUAUUGAUCAACUGCAUUCUCAAAAUAUUCGAAUUGUUAGUAGUGGGGGUACUAUUGAUGGUAAUGGAUGGAAAAGAGACACUACAAUAAUAGAUGAAAUUGGAAAUCCUUUACCUCAUUAUGUUCAAGGAUCAGCACAAACAGUUAAACAAUAUGGGGUUUUAGCUGCAAGUCAAGUAACAAGUAAAGACAAAUAUGGGAGUGCACGUUCUACAUUACUAUUAUUACUUGGAAUUACAAAUUUACAUAUUGGAGGCAGCAACCUAACCCUUCGAAAUCCAUCUAUGAUUACUAUGGCUAUUGGAAAUAGUCGUAAUGUUGUAUGUAGUAAUUUAUAG